ACUACAAGAUGCUGGGGACCGGGUAACCUUAGUCGGCAGGCUAGGAGGAAGUUAAUUGUAUACAUGACGGACUGCCUGGAACAUACCGUAUAUGGUCCGCCAGGCGUGGCUAAGCUUAUCUUCAGGGAGCGCGGUGACUGACAACCUGUGUCCUCCAGGGUCACCCCUACUACUUUCGGGGUCACCCCUAUUACUUUAAGGUCACCUCCACACACACGUGUUUGCCUUCAGUACUGUAGCUCAAGUCUGGAAAAUAUUUCCCCAAAUGGCGAACUUUCCCUUUGGUGAGGACUAUUUGGGAGACAAGGAUCUCGGCAGGAUUUUGAGGAGACACAAGAAAAAGCCACCGAAACUGUAUUCGGUGGCAAAUGUUGUCUCCGAGGAGGACAGAGGAGGCAAAGUUUGGGUAAAGGUAAAGUGGGCAGGGAGCUGGCCUGGGCAGCAGUACUCCUGGGUCCCCCUCGAGGAGAACCCAGAGUUGGAGGCCUACCUGUAUCACUACAGGGAGGCCACUGCUCUGGGUAGGGGGGUGAUUCAGGAGGAAGUGCCCCUUCAGGUCCAGUACCUGAAGACGGCCAUUCUCUCUGCCCUAGGAAAGGGCAGUCAUAGGGCUGGCCAGUACACCACCAAGGCCAGCCUCACCAUCCCCUUCCCGUGUGACGAGUUUGACAAGCACUUUCGUCCUCUGAAGAUCUAUGGGUGGAAGCCGGGCCCCUCAGGACAGAAAGAGGAGUUCACCUGCUACCCAAAAGAGCUCGUCCCGAUGCUUGGCAGAGGAUGGCAUCAGAAGCCACUGAAGUCAUCCUCUGCCAUCAAGGUGACAGAAGUGAGUGUCACCUGGGGCUACAGACCUGUGGUCAAGUAUGACCACUCUGAAUGCCCCAGGUGCACACACAAGGGUGCAGAGGGACAUCGCCCUUCCCAGUGCUGUCCAAAGGUACACUUGACUGUUUACCCCAGAAACAAACAUACAAUGCUAGAAGAAAGCAUAGUUGUAAUGAUACAUCACAAUAUACCCAUUGAAAAGCUAUUCUUUUCUUGCACAAUUAUUGUAUUCCAAUUCCUAAUAUCAAUACACAUCAAACUAAUUUACAAGUCAAUUUACUGAUACAUUUUCUUCACAUAUAUGUACAGGAGACACAGCAUCUAGAUCAAGGAUGGCUCUCCUUCACUCUGAGAAGAGAACUUGUGAACACCAUCCACCCAAAAAGGUACCAGUUGUGUAUCUAUUAGUCACCUUACACUUUACAAGAGGAAAGA